AUGAAGUUGUUGCGAGCGCUGUUUGCCCUUGCAGCUAGCACUUCUUUGUGUUCAGCUCAGUCGACUGCAGGCAUCGAAGCAUUGGUUCGAAGAAGACUUCCACAACACGAAAACAGCUUCAAAUUUGCUAUCACGAGCUCCUCGACCUCUACCGCAGCCUUCAACAUCACGGACCGGCCAAACGAUGAGUACGAAGUCUGCAACGGCGGUAACGGCACAAUCCAGAUUUCCGCCAACACGCCCAUAGCCCUGGCAUAUGGCCUACGAUACUACCUGAACACUUAUCUCAACGUGGACAUAUACUGGUUCAUCGGAUCUCAGCUGUACCUCGCUCCGCAAGAGCUACCACGAAUGAAUUCAACAUACAAGGGUUCAAGUGUCGUGCCAUGGCGUUACCACUUCAACACAGUCACGUUCUCCUACACGGCUGCAUUCUGGACGUGGGAAGAUUGGGAGCUUCAGCUAGACUGGAUGGCUCUGCACGGCAUCAAUCUCCCACUCGCAUGGGUGGGGUAUGAGAAGAUCCUCGUGGACGUUCUGCUUGAGUACGGCUUUACGCACGAGAAUAUCGCGUCUUUCCUGUCCGGACCUGCAUUCCAAGCCUGGAAUCGCUUUGGCAAUAUACAAGGUUCGUGGGGUGGGGAGCUACCGAUGGAUUGGAUCAACAGUCAGUUUGCGCUCCAAAAGAAGAUCGUUGCGAGAAUGGUAGAGCUGGGCAUGACGCCUGUUCUCCCAUCUUUCACUGGCUUCGUGCCGAUGCAGAUCGGCAACAUCUACUCGGACGCUGCUUUUGUCAACGGGAGUCAGUGGAAUGACUUCCAGCCUCGAUAUACCAAUGUCACGUUUUUGGAGCCUUUCGACCCGCUGUUUGCGAAGAUGCAGAAAAGCUUCAUCCAGAAGCAGACGGAGGCGUACGGCAGUGUCAGCCACAUCUACACGCUGGACCAGUAUAAUGAGAAUGAUCCAUAUUCUGGAGACUUGGACUAUUUGCGUAAUGUAACGAAAAACACGAUUCAGGCACUCAAAGGCGCUGAUCCGGAUGCUGUAUGGAUGCUGCAGGGGUGGCUGUUCUACAGUGCAGAGGACUUCUGGACUGAUGAGAGAGUGGAGGCAUAUCUUGGUGGCGUUGACGACUCUGACAUGAUCAUUCUGGACCUCUUCUCGGAGUCCGAACCCCAAUGGCAGCGGACCAACUCCUAUUACGGCAAGCCUUGGAUCUGGUGCGAGCUGCAUGAUUACGGUGGGAAUAUGGGUCUAUAUGGCCAGGUCGAAAACGUUACCAUCAACCCUAUCGAAGCCCUUAGUAACCGCACGAGUACUAUGAUAGGCAUGGGCCUCACAAUGGAAGGCCAAGAAGGCAACCAGAUCAUCUAUGACAUCUUGCUCGACCAGGCGUGGUCACAGACGCCACUAGACUCGGAAGUGUACUUUCGAGCGUGGGCAGAGUCUCGUUACCAUACCAAACCGCUGCCACAAGGCGUAUACGCUGCAUGGGACACGUUGAGGCAGACUGUGUACAACAACACCGACAUACCGAUCGCAGAUGCUGUCACUAAGUCGAUCUUCGAGCUGUCGCCGAACACCACUGGCCUGCUGAAUGUUACGGGUCACCAUCCGACGACGAUCAUGUACGACCCGCAGAUAUUGGUCGAUGCCUGGAGUGACUUCUACAGUGCUUCGUCGGACCAGCCGGAGCUUUGGGACAACUCGGCUUAUACCUUUGAUCUGACAGACAUCACGCGACAAGUCCUAGCCAACGCCUUUUACCCGCUCUACAAAGCCUUCGUCGCAGCCGCCAAUCGCUCCCUGGACUCGUACUCCCACGAUACCGCUCUACAGACCGGCAGCCAAAUGACAGAUCUACUCCUUGACCUCGACACAGUCCUCUCAGCAAGCGACUCGCCUCACUUCAACCUCGCACCCUGGAUCGCCUCUGCCCGCGCAUGGGCCUCACCAUCGACCAACACCACCCGCAAUACCUCCCCAACAGCUGAUAAAGCAGACUUCUACGAGUACAACGCCCGCGAUCAGAUCACACUCUGGGGUCCCGAUGGCGAGAUAAGCGACUAUGCUUCGAAGCAGUGGGGUGGCUUGAUUCGGUCAUACUAUGUUCCGAGAUGGCGGAUGUUUGUGGAGUAUACGUUGAAUAGUACUACGGCUGUGGAUGGGGAAAAUGAGGGGUUGAGCGAUGCGUUGUUCAGGUUCGGGGAGGGGUGGCAGCAGGAGAGGUGGGGGGAGUCGUUCGGAGAGAGUUAUGCUGAGGCGAUGCCGGGGGAUUUGCAGCGGGUGAUUGCUGAGGUGGUGGAGAGGCGGCCGGGCGUGUUUGGGUCGUAG